UGUAUGCAACUAUAAAUUGAAAAGAAUUGAAUAUGGAUACUCCAUCUUGGGCAUUGGUUAGAGAGAGAAGCCUUGUCACCUGUACUCAUGGUGUUGCUUUAGGGGCUAGCUCUACGCUAAUGGAUGUCAUGUCCUCUGAUUGGCUACAUGGACUGGAAAUGGAAGAAGAUCCAAACCUCAUGCUUCAAUGCCAGAUGGAUUCAGUCGAUCACUUACUCGAUGAGAUCACAUUCAAAUGUUUUUCCCCAGAAGCGUAUUCGUUUUAUGCAUCCCUCAAUAACGGAAGCGCACACAUUGAAACUGAUAUCUUGGAAUUAGCUGGAGAAAUCAAGUCUAACGCCAACAAUGACAACUUCGAUAACAACGAAAAUGUUGUUUUGUUCGGGCAAUCAGGAUCGCCAUCCACUCACUCAGAGUCAUUCAAUGGUGGUGAUCUGAGGGACGCGGGGACGCCUAAGGAUGAUGAAAUGGCGUCUCAGGAUUAUAUGAACUUGUUGGCAAUGAGUUCACCAAGUUCUGAAGAGAACAUACAUGAUACAUUAGGAGCUUCCAAGAGGGUGAAAAAGGUUUGUGCCACAAGUAGGGCACCAUUGCAAGCUGAAAAUCGUAUUUUGGCAGAGAGAAAGCGUCGAGAAAGGCUUAACCAAAAGCUCAUAUGUCUCUCAGCCCUAAUUCCAAGCCUAAAGAAGAUGGACAAAGCAUCGAUCCUAGAAGACGCAAUCGAGUACAUAAAACAGCUUAAAGAACAUGUGCAAACCCUGGAGAAAGAAGCAAAGGAGAAAAUGGUGGAACCCACUGCACUUCCUGUGAAGAACAAAUGUGGGCCCCCCUCUGCAAUCGAUGAUGAUGAUGAUGAAAACUUGAGCAAGAAAUUGUCUGCUCAGAUUGAUGUGAAAGUUUCCGACAACAACGUUCUUGUUAGAAUCUAUUGCGAGAAAAGUAAUUUUGUUACACCCAAAUUACUUACCCAAAUUCAGGGGCUUCAUCUCAAUAUCAUCACCAGUAUUGUUCUACCGUUUGGCAAUACUUCCCUUGUCAUCACUAUUAUUGCUCAGAUGGAAAAUGAGUUUUACUUGACAGGGAUGGAUGUGGAGAAAAACCUAAGAUCGGCAAUUCAAAAUUUCAUGUGACCCGUAUGCUAUAUUUAAGUUCACUUUGCAGAUUGAAGAUUGUCAAUUUCCAUGUUCUAUUCAACUUCAAAUGCGGAAAAAUAAUGAAAUCUAUUGAGUUUUUUUGUUGGUUUUGUUAUGCAA